ACGCUGCCUCGCGCCCCCGCCCUGCGGGUGUGUAGCGCGUAGCCCGUGCGAGUGUAGGGGUCUGUCUCGCGCCUGCAGUGCAUGCCCGCGCGCCCGGCCUCGCGUCCCCUGUCCCGCGCCCUGCGAGCCCUCCCACUCCCUCGGCUCCUUCCUUUCCCAGUGAACGCCGCCCCUCCCGCGCGCUGGCUCUGGCGCUGGCGCCGGCGCCGUCGCCGCCGCCUGAAAGUUCAGGAGCCCUGGAAAGGAGAAGGAAUAAGACGACAGGAGGAAGAGAGAGAGAGGGGAGAAUGGAAGAGUCUCACUUCAAUUCUAACCCGUACUUCUGGCCUUCUAUCCCCACGGUCUCAGGGCAGAUUGAAAACACUAUGUUCAUCAACAAGAUGAAGGAUCAGCUGUUGCCAGAGAAGGGCUGUGGACUGGCACCACCUCACUAUCCCACUUUGCUGACAGUGCCUGCCUCAGUGUCCCUGUCCUCUGGCAUCAGCAUGGACACAGAGUCCAAGUCAGAACAGCUGACCCCACACAGUCAGGCAUCUGUUACCCAGAACAUCACAGUGGUCCCUGUACCAUCUACAGGACUCAUGACUGCGGGAGUCUCCUGUUCUCAGAGGUGGAGAAGAGAAGGGAGUCAAUCAAGGGGUCCUGGUUUGGUAAUCACAUCCCCUUCAGGCUCUCUUGUGACCACAGCCUCAUCAGCUCAGACUUUCCCUAUCUCGACUCCCAUGAUUGUCUCAGCUCUUCCCCCUGGCUCACAAGCCCUACAGGUGGUCCCUGACCUCUCCAAGAAGGUAGCAUCAACCCUAACUGAGGAAGGAGGCGGAGGUGGUGGUGGAGGUGGCACUGUGGCUCCUCCUAAACCUCCUCGGGGCCGCAAGAAGAAGCGGAUGCUGGAAUCAGGGCUUCCUGAGAUGAAUGACCCUUACGUCCUUGCCCCUGGGGAUGACGAUGACCAUCAGAAAGAUGGCAAGACCUACAGGUGCCGGAUGUGCUCACUGACCUUCUACUCAAAGUCGGAGAUGCAGAUCCACUCCAAGUCACACACCGAGACCAAGCCCCACAAGUGCCCACACUGCUCCAAGACCUUCGCCAACAGCUCCUACCUGGCCCAGCACAUCCGUAUCCAUUCAGGGGCCAAGCCCUAUAGUUGUAACUUUUGUGAGAAAUCCUUCCGUCAGCUCUCACACCUGCAGCAGCACACCCGGAUUCACUCCAAGAUGCACACGGAGACCAUCAAGCCCCACAAGUGCCCGCACUGCUCCAAGACCUUCGCCAACACCUCCUACCUGGCCCAGCACCUCCGUAUCCACUCGGGGGCCAAGCCCUACAACUGUUCCUACUGCCAGAAGGCCUUCCGCCAGCUCUCCCACCUCCAGCAGCACACACGAAUCCACACUGGCGAUAGACCAUACAAAUGUGCACACCCGGGCUGCGAGAAGGCUUUCACACAACUCUCCAACCUGCAGUCUCACAGACGGCAGCACAACAAAGAUAAACCCUUCAAGUGCCACAACUGUCACCGAGCAUACACAGACGCAGCCUCACUAGAGGCUCAUUUAUCUACACACACAGUGAAGCACGCCAAGGUUUAUACCUGCACAAUCUGUAGUCGGGCAUAUACAUCAGAAACAUAUCUUAUGAAACAUAUGCGCAAACACAACCCUCCUGAUCUCCAACAACAAGUGCAAGCGGCGGCAGCGGCAGCGGCAGUGGCCCAGGCUCAGGCCCAGGCUCAGGCUCAGGCCCAGGCCCAGGCUCAGGCCCAGGCCCAGGCCCAGGCUCAGGCUCAGGCCCAGGCCCAAGCUUCACAGGCAUCACAGCAGCAGCAACAGCAGCAGCCACCACCUCCACAACCACCACACUUCCAGUCUCCUGGGGCAGCUCCCCAGGGAGGGGGUGGUGGGGACAGCAACCAGAACCCUCCACCCCAGUGUUCCUUUGACCUGACCCCCUAUAAGCCGGCAGAGCAUCAUAAAGACAUCUGCCUCACUGUCACCACCAGCACCAUCCAGGUGGAACACCUGGCCAGCUCUUAGAGAUCCGUACUGCCAUCCAUUGGAAAGGGGAGAAGUCCUGGUCCCUCCUUUGUCAACUCUUCUUGGUGGGAAAGUUCUCUUCUUCCUUGACAAGUCCUGUCUCCAGCUCCUUGGGUCUCAGGCAUGGCUUUUCUUCGCAAGAUAACCAUCCUUAAUCUCAGCUGCUCCUGAUUGGCCAAGGAAUCCUGAGCUGAUAGUGUUAUCCAACAGCCCCCAUCCAAGCAGAGCUUUUAAAACUGGGGCUUGGUGCUUGAGAGAAGGAUCCGCUGUAACCUCACAUCUUGUCCAGUGUGUGGGCGAUUACCUUUCUCUCCAUCCUCAAAGUUGGGGCUGAUAGAAGACUAGUGGCUGGCCCUCCCAGAUAACAGAGAAGGAAGCUCUAAAUGUCGCCAGCCUUCCGUUCUAUGCUUACCUGUAAAAGAACAGAUUUUGCACGUGGCCUGAUCCCUGUGAGCCAUUUUCUUCCCCUUACAUGGUCUCACUUCAUAUUGGGUGGUGACUAUACCUUUUUUAUUUGUAAGGGGGGCAAUAGCUGAUACAUGGUCACCAAGGUGCCAGAGAUUCCCCAGGUGACCAACGGUGGCUUAAGAGUGUGAGUUACCAUUUUUCCUUACAACCUCCUUCCUUCUCUGCCAACCAAGGGCCUAUAUACUCAGUCUCACUACCCCAGUCCAAGGAGCUCUGGGAGCUGUGUAAGCUGUGUUCUCUGCGAUGCCAUCUGGGCUUUGCAGAGAAGGGAGAAUUCAGGGCACACACAGGACUGGACUUAGCCUCCCUAGGUGCCACGGUCAGAUGCCGGACAUGGAUUUAUAUAUAAAUAUAUAUAUAUAAAUAUAUAUAUAUACCUGCUCAUCACGGCCAUCUUUGUUGUAACCAUUUCUGUGUUUAUAAAUGCAUUAUCUCUGAGAAUUUUCAUAUUGAUGUUUUAUUUUUGUCUUAUUUUUUUUUUCUCCACCUUGUCCUCUGGCCAUGGCAUUUUAAUUUUCUUUUCCCUUUCAAUUUUUUUAAUCAUGGGAAAUUUCAGAUAAAAGAAAAUUAAAAUAAUCAGGAAUUAUACAGUUGUUAUAAAGCAAUUUAAAAAUGAAAAACUUAUGUACAAACUAAGGGGUGUUUUUAGAACAUUGUACAGAAAUAAAUUUGUGUUUAAGGA